AUGUCAUUUGAAAGACCAAGUGUUUAUUCAGCUCCUGUAUUACCAGGUGAAGAUCCUGAUGAUAAUUCAUUUAAUGAAGUUACAAAAGCUUUCCGUUCAUUUAUAUUAGAAUUUAGAUUAGAUUCACAAUUUAUAUAUAGAGAUCAAUUAAGAGAAAAUUUAUUAAUUAAUAAUUAUUUUUUAAAAGUUGACAGUGAACAUUUAAUUGGAUUUAAUGAUGAAUUAAAUAAAAAAUUAACAGACGAUCCUUCUGAAAUGAUUCCAUUAUUUGAAAAUGCUAUCACAGACAUUGGUAAAAGAAUUGCUUAUUUAUCACAAGAUGAAAUUCCAAAUAAUUUUCCAACUUGUCAAUUAAUAUUAUAUUCACAAGCAAAUAAAAUAAGUAUAAGAAAUUUAGAUUCUGAACAUAUUGCAAAAAUAGUUAGAGUAAGUGGUAUAGUUAUAUCGGCAUCAGUUUUAUCAUCAAGAGCUACACAAGUUCAAUUGAUAUGUCGUCAAUGUAAACACACUAUGCAAUUAAAAAUUAAAAACGGAUUUGGUUCAAUUCAAUUACCAAAAUGUCAAAGUCCUCAUAAUGUAGAUCCAAAUUCAACUCAAGAAAAAUGUCCACAAGAUUCUUAUGUUAUUGAUCAUGAUAAAUCUACAUUUGUUGAUCAACAAGUUUUAAAAUUACAAGAAGCACCUGAUAUGGUUCCAGUUGGAGAAAUGCCCCGUCAUAUAUUAUUACAAAGUGAUAGAUAUUUAACAAAUUUAGUUGUUCCAGGAACAAGAGUUACAAUUGUUGGUAUAUAUUCUAUCUUUCAAUCUAAACAAGCUGCAAGAAAUAAUAACACAAGUAAUGUGGCAAUUAGAAACCCAUAUUUAAAAGUCUUGGGUUAUCAAACUGAUCUUGAUGCUGGAGCAAAUGGUCAAGGUAUCAUAUUUAGUGAAGAGGAAGAAGAAGAAUUUUUAAAAUUAUCAAGAAUGUCUAAUUUAUAUGAUGUUUUUGCAAAUUCAAUUGCUCCAUCAAUUUAUGGUAAUAAUGAUAUUAAGAAGGCAAUAACGUGUUUAUUAAUGGGUGGUUCUAAAAAGAUACUUCCAGAUGGUAUGAGAUUAAGAGGAGAUAUAAAUGUUUUGUUACUUGGUGACCCAGGUACUGCAAAAUCUCAAUUGUUAAAGUUUGUGGAAAAAAUCGCUCCAAUUUCAGUAUAUACAUCAGGUAAAGGUUCAUCAGCUGCUGGUUUAACAGCUUCUGUACAAAGAGAUCCUCAAACAAGAGAUUUCUAUUUAGAAGGUGGUGCUAUGGUUUUAGCUGAUGGCGGUGUUGUUUGUAUCGAUGAAUUUGAUAAAAUGAGAGAUGAGGAUAGAGUAGCAAUUCAUGAAGCUAUGGAACAACAAACUAUAUCUAUUGCUAAAGCUGGUAUAACAACAAUUUUAAAUUCAAGAACUUCAGUUUUAGCAGCUGCAAAUCCUGUUUAUGGUAGAUAUGAUGAAUUUAAAUCACCAGGUGAAAACAUUGAUUUCCAAAGUACAAUUUUAUCAAGAUUUGAUAUGAUAUUUAUUGUUAAAGAUGAUCAUAAUGAAAGAAGAGAUAUUUCGAUAGCUCAACAUGUUAUGAAUGUUCAUGCAGGUGGUAAAACUCAAGAAUUACAACAAGAGGGAGAAAUUCCAAUUGAAACAAUGAAAAGAUAUAUACAAUAUGUUAAAUUGAGAUGUGCACCAAGAUUAACAGAAGAAGCAUCAGAAAGAUUAUCAUCGCAUUUUGUGUCCAUUAGAAGAAGAUUACAAAUUAAUGAAGCUGAAAUGAAUGAAAGAUCAUCAAUUCCAAUUACUGUACGUCAAUUAGAAGCUAUCAUACGUAUAACUGAAUCAUUAGCUAAAUUAAGAUUAAGUCCAAUAGCAACAGAAGAACAUGUUGAAGAAGCUAUUAGAUUGUUUACAGCUUCAACAAUGGAUGCAGUUGAUCAAGGUGUAGGAAAUGUAUCUGAUGCUUCAUUAAAUGCAGAAAUUAAAAAAGUUGAACAAGAAUUAAGAAGAAGAUUACCAAUUGGUUGGUCAACUGCUUAUAGAACUUUAAGAAGAGAAUUUGUUGACUCUGGUAAAGCAAGUAGUUCAGCAUUGGAAAAAGCGUUAUAUAUUAUGGAAAGACAUGAAGUUAUUAAAUUUAGACAUCAAGGUCAAAAUAUUUUGAGAGUUGGUGUAUAG